CUACAUGCAAAAAACCCUCAAUGAACAACUACAAAACGAAGACAUGGAUGCCGGCAAAAAACUUAUCAUCAUUAAUUCUUCCUUUAAAUUUUUAAUCGAAGAUUUAUUUAAUAAACAUGUCAUGUUUGACAAACCUCCAGUCGAAACAAUUAAAGGAAUUUUACGAACUAACAAAUUUACCAGAACGCUCUUUAUGGAUAUGGUCCAGAAAAAAUUUAUCGAAAUCCUCGGUUAUAAUCCUGGAAUCAAUGCUGAAUCCGUAGUAAAAUUUGUUAUUGGAAUUAAGAAAUUGCGAAAAUGUUUAGAGAAAAUUUAUGCUAAUUUUGGGUUGCUAGCCAGAGCUCCACCUGAAACAUUAAUCAGUUUUUAUCAACAAUUUAUUUAUCCAAAAUUAUCUGAACUUUUGGCAAAGUGA